UGGAUGAGCUUCUGAGUAUGGAUCUGUGGUGAGCUUAUUAUCCUCGAGCUUCUUAUCAUUGGCUGCAGUGUAGCAGACCCUCACCGAAGGCAGGCGCCAAAACCCAACAAGCCGUCAUUAUGAUUAUCGACUCAUUCUGGGCCGACUGGAGGCCUUGAUGAGUGCUCGAGAGGACGAAGAUAUCCUGACAUUGGUCAAUCUCCUUCGAUCCGGACUUGUUCGCAAUCUAGGCAACAUCACCUCCCCCAGACUGUCGCUCCACGCUUAUGCUGGUACAAAGCUCCUGAUAGACGAUUAUAUCACCCAGGUUGCACUUUCCAUCCAGCAUGUGACAGCUUUGCAGACAGCCACUGUUUCUGAGGGUCGAUUUGACUCUCAAGCUAAAUUGGAGUUACUACACGACACCCGGCAGGCCUUCGGCAGAACAACGCUCCUUCUGCAAGGCGGGUCGAUUUUUGGGCUAUGUCACUUGGGCGUGGUGAAAGCUUUACACUUACAAGGCCUCUUGCCUAGGAUCAUUACAGGGACCGCCACCGGGGCACUCAUCGCAGCACUCGUUGGUGUUCACACAGAAGAUGAGUUGCUGACUUUUCUCAAUGGCGAUGGCAUUGAUUUAACCGCCUUUGAUCGCCAACGGAAAAUGAGACUUGAUACCGGAAACAAUCAGUGGCUACCAUACACUACGGGUGACAACUGGUUGUGGACUCUGCUUCGACGAGUUCAACGGUACAUUCAGAAAGGCUACUUUCUUGAUGCCGAGGUACUAGAAGAAUGUGUACGAGCAAACCUUGGUGACCUGACAUUUGAAGAAGCGUACGCACGGUCGAAACGCAUUCUCAAUAUCACGGUGGCGACGUCAGAUAAGGGCGGCACUCCCAAUCUCCUUAAUUACCUGACCGCACCGAAUGUGUUGAUUUGGUCAGCAGCAGUGGCCUCAAAUGCUUCGUCCAACUCGCUCUAUCAGCCCGUUACAAUCUACUGUAAAGAUGAAACCGGCUCAAUUGUCCCGUGGGGUCUUUCGCGACAUGGUUCCUCCCAGUCGGGGCGCCGCACGGAGUACACAGAUGGUGAAUCGCCGCUAUCCCGGAUUGCUGAGCUGUUCAAUGUGAAUCAUUUCAUUGUUUCUCAAGCCCGACCAUAUCUCGUCCCUUUUCUCCGGUCCGACGUGAAUCUUCUAGACCGCCGUCCUACGGGACAGUGGAGUAUCACCCGGUCACUGAUGCGCUUGGUCGCUACUGAGAUCCGCCACCGACUGAGACAGCUCGACUAUGUUGGUCUUCUGCCACAUGCGCUCGCACGACUUCUCAUCGAGGAGACCAUCCCUGGCCCUAAUCUCACACUGGUCCCAGAUCUCUCAUUGAAGGACUUUACUAAGCUAUUCCAGAAUCCAGACAAGGAGUCAUUGGCCCAUUGGAUCCUAAAGGGUGAGAGAGGGACGUGGCCUGCGAUUAGUGCCUUGAAAGUCCGUUGCGUUAUCGAAAUCGAAUUAGACAAGGGCUACCAGGUUGUUCGUCGUCGACGACCAGCCGAGAAUCCUUCUUCUUCUGUUCAACAUACUAUGGGUCAGCGCCGCAUGCCAAAUGAAGGGGUCCCGAGGAAAUGGAGAGGGUAUAGUGUCGAUCACGACAGAGACAUGACAGGUUUGCUGGGAAAUUUCGACCGUCAACAGGACGACCUCAAUCCGUGAACACUUCUUCAUCAAGUUCCCUAUUUGCUUCCCUAUGUUCUGACUGAGAUUGAACUACAUAGUUGAUUGAUCAUGUAUGCGCUUUUCUAGCUCUGGGGUAAAAUCGAGGAUACUCAUCUCACAUCUCAACCCCACUUAGGUGUUAGUUGUGUUAGUUGCCAAGUAAGGCUUGCUGGGUUUAGCAAAAGCAGAAAUUUCACAAGUUUGAUUCGUAGAAAGAGGCUUUUUCUUGUGCUGCGCCCUUUUCUAUCAAUUGCUAAUACCUUGACAAACAUGCUGUGGAGACACCCCCUUCAUCGGAGGCCACAAGGUUCCAUACCCUACUAGGUCUCUAUUGUUCAACAGCAC